CAGAUUUUGGGAGUGUCAUUUUCAAAUCUAUAGACAGAGAAAAUUGUAUAAAUACCACGUAUUCAUAAUUCAUAAAAUCAUCCGUGACUUGUGUGUACUGCUAUAAUCAUCCAGUAAACUCUCAAAUAUGAUUUACUACUUACUUCUGCUUUUCUGUCUUUUGGGAGUGAACGCUUCACCGGUGCUUGUUAAAAUGCCUUCACAAAUGGUUGAGAAAGUGAAGGUAGUAGGAAGUCAAUGUAUUAAAGAAACUGGGGCUCCGGCUAACUCCCUCGAAAACUCGCUCCCUUGGAAUCUCCCUGAAAACGAAACCAAUGAGAAGUUUUUAUAUUGUCUUUGCAAAAAUUUGAAUUUAAUAAACGACGAAGGUUACUUCAAUUAUGAGAGAACUAUGAAAAUAUUCGCUACCAGUGAUAAAAAAGAAGCUAUUGAGAAAACUUAUAAUGAAUGCAAAGUUUUAAAAGGUAAAGAUCAAUAUGAAACUACUUACAAGAUAGUAGAUUGCUUCUUCAAAAACGCUCCUGUAUCAUUAUCAUUGUAAAAUAAUUAAAUCCAAAAAUAUUAAUAAACAAUUUAUUUAUUUAUUUA